AUGUCGGACUUCGACGAGUUCGAGCGGCAGCUCAACGAGAAUAAGCAAGAGCGCGACAAGGAGAACCGGCACCGCAAGCGCAGCCACAGCCGCUCCCGGAGCCGGGACCGCAAGCGUCGCAGCCGGAGCCGUGACCGCCGCAACCGGGACCAGCGCAGCGCCUCCCGGGACAGGCGGCGCCGCAGCAAACCUUUGACCAGAGGCGCUAAAGAGGAGCACGGUGGAUUGAUUCGCUCCCCCCGCCACGAGAAGAAGAAGAAGGUCCGCAAAUACUGGGACGUGCCGCCGCCGGGCUUCGAGCACAUCACCCCCAUGCAGUACAAGGCCAUGCAAGCUGCCGGUCAGAUUCCAGCCACCGCCCUCCUCCCCACCAUGACCCCCGACGGUCUGGCUGUGACGCCGACGCCGGUGCCCGUGGUCGGGAGCCAGAUGACCAGACAGGCCCGGCGACUCUACGUGGGCAAUAUCCCCUUCGGCAUCACUGAGGAGGCCAUGAUGGAUUUCUUCAACGCUCAGAUGCGGCUGGGGGGGCUGACGCAGGCCCCCGGCAACCCCGUCUUGGCCGUGCAGAUUAACCAGGACAAGAACUUUGCCUUCUUAGAGUUCCGCUCAGUGGACGAGACCACCCAGGCCAUGGCCUUCGACGGCAUCAUCUUCCAGGGCCAGUCACUGAAGAUCCGCAGGCCUCAUGACUACCAGCCCCUGCCGGGCAUGUCGGAGAACCCCUCUGUCUACGUGCCUGGAGUCGUGUCCACCGUGGUCCCAGACUCUGCACACAAGCUUUUCAUCGGGGGCUUACCCAACUACCUGAAUGAUGACCAGGUGAAAGAGCUGCUGACGUCGUUCGGGCCACUUAAGGCCUUCAACCUGGUCAAGGACAGUGCCACCGGGCUCUCCAAGGGCUACGCCUUCUGUGAGUACGUGGACAUCAACGUCACGGACCAGGCCAUCGCGGGGCUGAAUGGGAUGCAGCUGGGAGAUAAGAAGCUGCUGGUCCAGAGGGCGAGUGUGGGCGCCAAGAAUGCCACGCUGAGCACCAUCAACCAGACCCCCGUGACCUUGCAAGUGCCCGGCCUGAUGAGCUCGCAGGUGCAGAUGGGCGGGCACCCGACGGAGGUGCUGUGCCUGAUGAACAUGGUGCUGCCCGAGGAGCUGCUGGACGACGAGGAGUACGAGGAGAUCGUGGAGGACGUGCGCGACGAGUGUGGGAAGUACGGGCUCGUCAAGUCCAUCGAGAUCCCGCGGCCCGUGGACGGCGUGGAGGUGCCCGGCUGCGGGAAGAUCUUCGUGGAGUUCACCUCUGUGUUUGACUGCCAGAAAGCCAUGCAGGGCCUGACGGGUCGCAAGUUCGCCAACAGAGUGGUCGUCACAAAAUACUGUGACCCCGACUCUUACCACCGCCGGGACUUCUGGUAG